AUGGCCUGGCCACUUCCCUGCUGCCUGUGGGUCCUGGGGACCCUGGCGGGGCUCUCGGCCACCCCCGGCCCCCGAGGCUGUCCAGAGAAGUACUACCAAGCUCAGGACGGCCUGUGCUGUCAGCUGUGUGAGCCAGGGACGUUCCUCGUGCAGAGCUGUGACAGGCACGGAAAGGCUACUCAGUGCGAGCCCUGUAUGCCCGGAGUCUCCUUCUCCCCAGACCACCACCGCCGGCCCCACUGCGAGAGCUGUCGGCACUGUAACUUCGGCCUCCGCCUCCGUAACUGCACCACCACUGCCAACGCUGAGUGCGCCUGCCCCAGUGGCUGGCAGUGCCGGGACAAGGAGUGUACCGAAUGUGACCUGCUCCCAAACCCCCUGGUGACCACUCAUCCCUCGAAGGCCCCAGACCCUCACCUACAACCCACCAGCUUGGCUCUCACCCAAGACACGGCUGAGAGCAGAACCAACAGGCCCGUGCAGACUCUGGCUCAGAACAGGCGGCAGCCUGCGCCCGUGCACUCUACCCACUGGCCAUCCCAAAGGUCCCUGUGUAGCUCAGAAUGUAUCCGAAUCUUGGUGGUCCUCUCUGGGAUGUUCCUGGCUUUCACCCUGGGCGGAGCCCUGUUCUUCCACCAACAAAGAAAGUAUGGAACAAACAAAGGGGACCAGCCUGUGGAGGCUGCGGAGCCAGAUGCUUACACCUGCCCCAGAGAGGAGGAGGGUGGCACCAUCCCGGUCCAGGAGGAUUACCACAAACCGGAGCCUGUUGACGCCUGAGCCCUCUGGGUGAGGGUGGGGGUCACGCCACGAAGCCCUAGCCUACA